CAGGUGAGCUUUUCGGCUUGUGGAAACAAACAAACGCCAAAAGGUGGAGUGACAAUACUGUUAAUGUUUGUGAAACAGUUAACGUUACACGUUACUAGGCUUUGCUGUGGCUUUACGUGUUAACGGACAGUUAAACAGUCUGCUUUACCAGAGUUAACUGUCUCAAGUGGGUGAGUCUCUCUACUGACAUUCUUCCGUUCAUCGGCGUCAUAAAGACACAGUAAGUCUACUAUAAAAUCGAGCUUUGGUGCCUGAAUCAGACUUUCUGAAUAACUUGCGUUAACCUUUCUACAACAUAAGUGAUAAUUUGCCGUUCUAAACGUCAACGAGAACUGCAGUGGAAUUAUCGCGAUAUUUCAGUGACUUGGGCGUCACUCGCACGCGGAAGUGUUUUGAUGUUGAACAACGGCACUGUGUUUGUAGCAAUGUUCAACCGCUAUAAAUACGAUUGUGAUUUUUUAUCAUCAACGAACAAAUGUUAUUGUUGUAUACUUUGAAGCUUUCAAGUGUCAGACUCUAUCCUAAACGAUUUUUGGGGUUGUUUUAACAAUCCGUUGUAGUCCAACGCUAGUUGGCAGAUACGCGUUAGCUAGCAUGAGCUAUGGUUUGUUGACAGUCGUUUUCUAGAUAGUCUGUCAAACUAUCGUUGGACAGCAACUUACUACGACCGAAGGAACAAGUCUGAAUAAUAUUGAAAUACAAAACACCAUUUCCUUGCGUCAUUAAGUAUCCAAGAAACAACAGUUUGUGUCAUGUAUGGCUGCAUACCAUAUCUUAAGAUUUGCUCACAUAUUGAAGAUAGGACUGCCUAAGAAACAAGUCUGGACAAAACCAAAUAACACCUCAAUCGUGGUGUCAGCUCAAGUUGUAUUGAUGACUGCGCUGGCUGACUUUGAACCUUCAGCAAAGAGACUCAGGGUUGAAAUCAGUGCCCCAACGUCCCCUUCAUCUUCUCUCCAAGCCCCAUCUUCAUUUAUUCAGAGCAGAGAUAAUCAUGACACAGUAGUAAAUCAAGAAAGGAGGCAAAACGACACAAAGACGAAGAUGGACAAACGACCAAAGACUGGAGCAGAUAGUUUGCGAGGCGUAAAGAUAAAAGGUGAUCGUCAAAGAAUCGGCCCCACACCACAGCAGUUUAGAAAUACUGUUUACCAAUGGUUGGUUAAGCCAAAAAAAAAAACAACGUCACCUGAAGUGUGCCAAACCCAAGAGGAUGUCGAGAUGGCCGGCGACUGUGGCUUUGAAAGCACUUCAGCUCAGGUUCUGGACUGCCAACAUGCUGAACAUCCCACCCUGUCUGACGAAGAUGAAAAAACCCAACCUUUGACACCACAGGAGCUGGAUGAAGACAAACCUGUAUCACCGCCUUCCAAGGAUUCUGCAGGAGGAGGGCUAAUGCAGACACUGUCCCGCAAUCAUGGUGGAUUAGAGAAAAAAGAGGUGGAGACAUGCUCAGCGAGCUCAGAGGACUCUGUCAAACACAAAACCAAAAUAACAGACUUCUUUUCAGGGACGUCCUCACCAGGUUUACCUGUGAGAAGGCGCAGGCCAGACAAGUCUCCAGAGAAACAAGAUGCAGACAAGGAAACUACCUCUGCUGAGGCCAAAUGGCUCGGGACGCCAAUCAACGAACUAAAGAGAAUGCCUGAAUGUGGCGGACUGCUUCCUCCGCUGAGGGACGUUCGUGGGCAGCACACUGUGAUGAUACGGACGGACCUUCUUGAGAACGGUAAAGUCUCUGUUCCAUAUCCUGCUAAGUUUAAGGAUACUUGGGACGAUGACUAUGUCAAGAUGCCCUGUUCCAGUCGGAACCUAUUUCCUGUACAGGAUGAGGUAACACAAGAACUUCAGAAAAAGAGUCGCUGGGAGUUGAUCAAGGAGACUUUAAACGACACACUUUCAAGUCAACAAGAGUUGAAGAAUGCAAUAUUGAAAUACAGUGCUUCACAGGCCAAGAAAUGGGACUUCACUGCAUUACAUUUGUACUGCACUAAGGUCCUGGAUACUGAUGCUGCUGAACAUCUGUUUGGCUCCCUGCUGCCAGACAUGGUGCAAUUAGCACUGAGAGCAUCUGAGCUCUGUACCAAGCCGAUACCCCUCCUCAAGGGAGGCAUGAACCACUCCAUCACCAUGUCUCAGGAGCAGGUGGCAUGUCUGCUCGCCAACGCCUUCUUCUGCACCUUCCCCCGACGCAACUCCAGAAGGAAGGAAUACUGCAACUACCCAGACAUCAACUUCUUCAGGCUGUUUGAUGGGUCCUCUCUAAGGAAGAUUGAGAAACUGAAAACCCUGAUGUGCUAUUUCAAAAGUGUCACCGAACAAAAUCCUACUGGACUUGUAACAUUCACACGGAAAAGCUUAGAUAAACCUCUGAAUUGGAGAAGCUCACAGACUCGACUCACAAAGAUCCACAUUACUUGUGAAGGGACCAUUGAGGAUGAUGGUUAUGGAAUGCUUCAGGUGGAUUUUGCCAACCAGUUUGUGGGAGGAGGAGUCACCAGCUCUGGUUUAGUCCAAGAGGAAAUCCGUUUUCUAAUCAAUCCUGAGCUCAUUGUUUCUCGCCUCUUCACUGAAGCCCUGGAUCAUAACGAAUGUCUGAUCAUCACAGGUACCGAGCAGUACAGUAAAUACACAGGCUAUUCUCAUACCUACCAGUGGGCUGGCAGCCACCAGGACACAACACCAAGAGAUGACUGGCAGAGAAGAUGCACUGAGAUUGUGGCCAUCGAUGCGCUGCAGUUCAAGAACUUUCUUCAACAGUUUAGUCCAGAAAAACUAAACCGAGAACUAAACAAGGCCUACUGUGGCUUUGCUCGACCCGAAGAACGAAGCCAAAACCUUGCGGCAGUGGCUACGGGGAACUGGGGCUGUGGGGUUUUUGGAGGUGACGCGCGUCUGAAAGCUCUGCUCCAGAUGCUGGCAGCUGCUGAGGCGGGCAGAGAUGUGGCCUAUUUCACCUUUGGUGACAGCCAGCUCAUGACAGAUGUCCACAAGAUGCACUCUUUCCUAACUCGCAGAAAGAUCUGUGUAGGGGAGGUGUAUGAUCUCCUGGGGCAGUACUACAGCUCGGUGUGCAAGAGCUGCCUGAGUCGGCGCCCUGACGUCAGCCUCUACUCGUUCAUCUACCAACAGGUCAGCUCCUCCCCAGCGCCGGAUGACUCCGACAGGGGCUGAGCCAGACAUCACGUCCCUGCAGACCGCCGCCGUUAAGGUCAGGUGGCUGAUGAGUCACCAUGCCUUAUUUAAUAAAAAAUAAAAAAAGGGAAAAAAACGAUUUUAAAACCUUCUUCGGCUUCUUUUGAUUUUGUAAGACAAACUUGAUUAACAGCGGUGGAUAAACCAAAUGUGGUCUCCACCACUGGCAGCCGAAAAAAGAAAUGACAAUCUAGCAUGCAGAGGGUGAUUAGUUACGACCCCGUCUGUCGCCGUGUUCAUUUUGCUGCUGCUGUUAAUACGCCAAUGGAUUGAGCUUCAAUAUGACGCAAUUGUGAAUUUAAUGGUGAAGCAAAGGUUGCCAUCCAUCUUCUGAGUUUGUCGUGUUGCCUUUUUUAUUUUUUUUUAUUUUUUUUACACCCACACAUAUCCAGCCUAAUUGAAUUGGCUGUCAGAAAUCAAGUUAAAGGAAAAAAAUAACAAGAACGGGGUUUGGAAAGCUUGGCUUGAUUUAAAGAGCAGCGUGACUCUUUGGAAAAUAAUCUUUUACCUUCUGCACUCGCAGCAAAAUUGUAGUUGCAAUAACAGCUCCAGUCGUACAUUUUUCGGAUUCUUUGCUGUAUUUGAUGCACACUCGAAGGAACCCAGUUGCACUUAAAUUAUGAUUUUGAUUGGUUUGUUUCUGUAUUUUACAAUUAAUAUCAAUGUGAAUCUUUUAUGUGUUGUUUGACAGAUUUUGAAAAUAAAAUCAGUUUAAAGUAAA